AAUGUUUUCAGACAGUAUUACCUAUAUGAAGCAAAUUUCUGCCUCAAAUGAUAAAUCAUAUUCCGCUUGGAGGGUUCAUCUGUUUGAUAACUCAUAUUAUAAAUUUUUCUCAACUGUUGACCAUUGGUUGGCGAUUCACUUAGUAGGACUAUAUAGCGUUGAGUUUGUUGACAUCCUACCAAAUCCAAAUGUACAAUAUAUGUUUUUUAUUUCUGUUACAAACUAUCAUCCGUCUGCUUUCUGGCCAAGCCCAGAGAAAGAGGAAUGCGGAUCUUUUAAUGCUACACGUGCUGAAAUGUAUACCGUAAAGUGUAGAAAUCGUGGAGUUAUAGGAGAAUUUCUGGUUGUUCAAGUUCAUAUGGUUGAAAAUCAAAAUGGAUAUAUAAGAUACAUAUCAGCUUAUGGAAAAUAUAUUGGGCCAACUAAAAAUAACACAAACGCUGCAUUAGAAAAACCGGCAUGGUUUGGGAAACUUGUAUCUUCCGCAAAGUCAGAAGCUUUUGUUACCGAUGAUCUGAUUUCGUAUUCAGCUUCAAUUAUUAGAAAUUUCCCUAAUCCUUGGGUAAUGAUUGACCUUUUAAACAAUUACGUUGUACAUUACAUGACAUACAAUUUUGACAGACACAAUAAUCGAAAUAAAGAAUAUGCUAACCUUAAGGGUCAUAUUACUCAAAAACCAAUUCUAGUUGGUACGAAUAUAGAUGUCGAUCAGUUUAAUUGUUUCGAAAACAAUAAAAUAUCAGAUUCAGGAAGGUAUAUGGGUUGGAGUUGUUUUGAACCGUAUCCCAUUGGAAGAUUUGCCUUGUUUUUCAUUUCAUCAUCAGAUACAAUGUAUAUCAGAGAAACGGGAGUUUAUGGCGUUAAGUUAGCGACUCCCCUGGCAAAAUUGACUUCAGUUAAUGUAAAUACAAUUGAUCCGGCUAUUACUUCUUCGCUUCACAAGAGUCAUCCAAUACAAGCUAUCGAUAAUAGUUAUCUUGCUCAUAUUUAUGAUCAAGUUCACAGCUGUGGUAGAGUAAAAGACGCUACAGAAAGUAGAUAUUCAAUUAACCUGGACAGUAUCUACGAUGUGUAUCAAAUACUUGUUAUAUUCCCCAUGGAAAACAUAAAUCUCUUCCUUGAAGUCGUAGUCGGUGUUGAAACGGUAGAAUUCCUACCGGAAAUAAAUGUUUGUGGAGUGACAAAAAAUAUUGGUCGAAUGCCUUAUUACUUCAAUUGUUCACAUGGUACAACGGGAAAUAGAAUAUCAUUAUACAAAAGCCAAGGAUAUAUUCAAAUAUGCGAAGUUAAAGUCUACGGCGUAAAGAGUGAAGUGAAAAGUAGAGAACGACUAAAAGCUACACUAUUUUAUAAUCUCCAGUUUAAUCAGAUAUCUAAAUGUUCAAUAAAUAGUGGAUUAAUAAUGAUAUUCGACAAAAUUGCUACAGUUUACGGUAUAGCUAUUCAAUUUGAAAUGAUUCCAAAAGACUAUGAAAUACAUUUAAUGAACGGACCCUCAAAGAUCCUUUGCAAAGCAGGAAAUAAUAAUACAUACGAUAUGACCGAACUAAAAAAUACUAAAUAUAUAUACUUUCAUUGUGAUGAAAAGUUUUAUGCGGAUACUGUUAUAUUUCAAUCUAAAGAUUUAGCUGAACAGGUUCAAAUAUGCAAUGCAACAGCUAUUGUGGAUUCAAAUUCAAUCAUUUCAGUCAACUUCAUUGACAAUGAUGAUAAUGAGGAAGACGAUGAAGACGACGAUAAAGAUGACGAUGAAGAAAUUGUUAAAGAUUCCGUAUUGUUCGCCUUUAAAUAG